UAUGAACUAUAGUUUAGCAGUAAGGAAGCAUGGAGUCUGUGGGAUGUGAGAUAUCCGUGUGGGUGUGCCGGGAGGAGAAGCUGGUGCUCGGCUUGUCGAAGCGCACGACCUGCGCGGACGUGGUGAAGGUUCUGCAGGAGGAGCGGAGCUGCCGGCGCGGCCCCGCGCACUCUCACUGCAUCGUGGAGAAAUGGAGGGGCUUCGAGAGGGUUUUACCCCACAAAACGAGGAUGUUAAGACUGUGGCUGGCGUGGGGAGAGGAGCAGAGGAACGUGAAGUUUGUGCUGGUGAAGAGCGAGGCGUCUCUGGCGCAGCGCGGCGCCCGGAGCGCAGAGGCGCGCCUGGUUCCCAGCAAGCCGAGCCUCGGGGGCUCCAAGGGCCCCCCGCGGCCCCCCGCGGUGGGCUCCGUCUCACCAGAGAAACAGCGCCGGGUUGUCAGAAAGGCUUUCAGAAAGUUGGAAAAGAUCAAUAAAAAGAAGACGCGCGCGGUGCACAGCAGGGACGCCUCGUGCGCGGAGAAAAUGGAAACUCUGGUUCACGUUGUGGUUUCUCAGGACCACACGAUCCGCCAGCAGAUUCAGAGGAUCGCCGAGCUGGACACGGAGAUUGAAACGUGCGAGGCGAAGGUGCAUUUUGACAGGAUUCAAAUAAAUGGGGUUAAUUAUGUGCAGAACUGUUAUUUGGUGGAUGCAGCCCCGGCCUCGAGCCCGGACAGGAGCGAGCGGGCUGCAGGGGAAACUUUGGCCAGGCUUGAGGAGCAUGUGCGGCUCCAGGAGGAGUUGCUGGACCAGGAGACUCUCAUAGAGAGCAUCACUGCUCAGAUCCAGGAGGAGCUCAACCACCGCUGGACGCAUCGGAGGAAAGAGGAGCUGUGCAGAGCAUCAUCAUCCCUCUCUUCCGCCGACACCACAGAAAACGACCUGUCUGUGGAGGAGGAGAGGAUCAAAACGCAGCUAGAUGCCAGUUUAUACAUCGGCCUCCGCCUCAACGCGGAUUUGCAAGCUAUUAGGAGCGAUUUAGAGCUGUCCCAGCAGAUUUACUCGGAGAGGGAAAAGGAAAUGAGGGAUUUGCUGGAGAAAGUGAACAGUUUGGACAUGGAGGAGGGGGAGGGGGAGGAGAGAUGCUGCCAUGGGGCCCACGAUAUGAAGUUGAGCACUUUGGAGAUGAAAUGCGGGUGGGUGGAGCAGGCCAGAGGUCUGUCCAAAGAUCACAGCGUGAAUGACGAGGACUCGGACACUGGGUUGAGUUCUCUGCACAGUCAGGACUCAGACAGCCUCACGGUUUGGGAAUCACUGGUUUAGGAUUUUACAUGGAAAGAAAAGAAAAGAAGAAGAAAAAGACUUUCACCGCCUCAGGGAUAAUAAAAACUCUGCAAACUCUGCAUAACCAAAAACAUCACUGUAUGCAUGAGUGAAAGUUUGUUCAUCUUUGUAUGGCUUCAUAGUAAUCCCUUUUCAUAUAUUCAUGUAUUUUCAAAACACAA